GGGACGCUCUUUCCACCAAUAAGAAUUAAGCUUUGAAAUACCGGGCGGAAGAUGGAGUACAUUUUAUACUGAAUAAAAAAUAUAAGUUCUCCAACGUUUAGGGUUUUCAUUAGCCUGUGGAAUACAGAGAACACCUGCUGUCACUUGCUUCCCACUACAGAUAUGGAUGCAGAAGGAUUUGGGGAACUUCUGCAGCAGGCAGAGCAGCUGGCAGCGGAAACCGAAGCUGUGUCGGAACUGCCGCAUGUUGAAAGGAACCUUCAGGAGAUCCAGCAGGCUGGUGAGCGUCUUCGAUCCCGCACGCUGACCCGAACCUCCCAAGAUGCAGCGGAUGUAAAAGCGUCCAUCCUUCUCGGUUCCAGAGGUCUGGAUAUCUUUCAUAUUUCUCAGAGAUUGGAAAGUCUAAGUGCUGCCACCACCUUUGAGCCCCUGGAACCAGUCAAAGACACUGAUAUUCAGGGCUUCCUGAAGAACGAGAGGGACAACGCUCUCCUGUCAGCCAUCGAAGAGUCUCGCCGCAGGACGUUCCUGCUGGCUGAGGAGUACCACCGUGAGUCCAUGCUGGUUCAGUGGGAGCAGGUGAAGCAGAGGGUUCUGCACACGCUGCUGGGAGCUGGAGAGGACGCCCUGGACUUCAGCCAGGAUGUGGAGCCCAGCUUUGUGAGCGAUGUGGCGGCUCCAGGCAGGAGCGCGUUGAACAGCGUUGAGGUGGCGUACGGACGACAGAUCUACGUUUUUAAUGAGAAAAUAGUGAACGGACACAUCCAGCCUAAUCUGGGAGAUUUGUGUGCUUCGGUGGCAGACAGCUUGGAUGACAAGAACGUAUCGGACCUGUGGAUGAUGGUGAAGCAGAUGACGGAUGUGUUGUUGGUUCCUGCCAAAGACACCCUCAAAAGUCGCACAUCAGUGGAGAUGCAGAUGGCUUUUGUUCGGCAGGCGCUCAGCUUCCUGGAGAACCGGUAUAAAAGCUUCACAAUGGGGACCGUGUUUGGGAACCUGCAUCAGGCCCAGCUCGGUGGGGUUCCCGGUACCUACCAGCUGGUCCGCAGCUUCCUCAACAUCAAGCUACCUGGGCCUCUACCUGGCAUGCAGGAUGGUGAGAUUGAGGGCCAGCCAGUUUGGGCUGUGAUCUACUACUGCCUGCGAUGUGGCGACCUAAAUGCUGCCAUGCAGGUGGUCAACAGGGCGCAGCAUCAGCUGGGAGACUUUAAGUCCUGGUUCCAGGAGUACAUGAACAGCCCAGACAAACGGCUGUCUCCUUCUUCAGAGAACAAGCUUCGCCUUCACUACCGCAGGGCGCUGAGGAACUGCGCUGAUCCCUACAAAAGGGCCGUCUACUGCCUCAUCGGGAAAUGUGACGUCAACGAUAACCAUGGAGAGGUGGCAGAUAAAACCGACGAUUAUCUGUGGCUUAAGUUGAACCAGGUGUGUUUUGAUGACGACGGCAGCAGCUCUCCUCAGGACAGACUCACUCUGCCGCAGCUACAGAAGCAGCUCCUGGAAGAUUACGGAGAGUCCCAUUUCUCUGCCAGCCAGCACCCCUUCCUGUACUUCCAGGUGUUGUUCUUGACGGCGCAAUUCGAGGCUGCGGUGGCGUUUUUGUUUCGUGUUGAGAGGCUUCGGAGCCACGCGGUCCAUGUGGCCCUGGUGCUGUACGAGCUGCGGCUGUUGCUGAAGUCGUCCGGUCAAAGCGCUCAGCUGCUGAGCCAGGAGCCUGGGGACCCUCCAAUGAUACGACGCCUCAACUUUAUCCGCCUGCUGAUGCUCUAUACGCGAAAGUUUGAGUCCACAGAUCCCAGGGAAGCUCUGCAGUACUUCUACUUCUUACGCAAUGAAAAGGACAGCCAAGGGGAAAACAUGUUCAUGCGCUGCGUCAGUGAGUUGGUCAUUGAGAGUCGAGAGUUUGACAUGCUGUUAGGAAAGUUGGAGAAAGAUGGCAGCAGGAAGCCUGGCAUCAUAGAUAAGUUUGCAGGUGACACCAGAGCGAUCAUCAGUAAAGUAGCUCUAGAAGCGGAGAACAAAGGUCUGUUUGAGGAGGCGGUGAAACUCUACGAGCUGGCCAAGAACCCUGAUAAGGUUCUGGAGCUGAUGAACAAGCUGCUGAGUCCUGUCAUAGCUCAGGUCAGUGCGCCUCAGUCCAACAAAGAGAGGCUGAAGAACACGGCGGUGGCCAUCGCUGAGAGGUAUCGCUCUCAGGGGACAGCAGCAGAGAAGACCAUCAACGGCACCUUCUACCUGCUGCUUGACCUGAUGACCUUUUUUGAUGAGUAUCAUGCCGGUCAGGUUGACAGAGCCUAUGAUGUGAUGCAACGCUUGAAGCUGCUGCCUCUCAGCCAGGAGAGCGUUGAAGAACGAGUGGCAGCUUUCAGGAACUUCAGUGAUGAGGUGCGCCAUAACCUGUCUGAAGUGCUGCUGGCCACCAUGAAUAUCCUGUUUACACAGUAUAAACGCCUUAAGGGGGCGCCUGCAGGAACACCAGGACGAUCACCGAGGACCGUGGAGGACAGAGGCAUGCAGCUGCGCAGUCAGGCUCGAGCGCUUAUCACCUUCGCUGGGAUGAUUCCCUACAACAUGGCUGGGGACACCAACGCAAGGCUGGUUCAGAUGGAGUUACUGAUGAACUGACCCCCCCCCCACCCCUGCACGUGCACACACACUUCCUGUUGCUCUCACCACACAUCUCUGAUUCAUCCUUUUUAGUUAUUGUCAUUUUUUUUUUUCCUUUCAUGUUUGUAUUUUCAAAAUAAAAUCUUUUCAGUUGUC